AUGUCAGCUCUACCUAUGGCAGCUCCUCCCAAGAGUCCUUUGGCUCGCUAUCGCAUGCUUUCCCCCACAGCUUCCGUGCGGGUAAGCCCAUUGUGCCUCGGCGCCAUGAACUUCGGCGAUGCCUGGCAAGGAUACAUGGGAACGUGCGACCAAAAGACUGUCGAGAGUAUUCUCGAUUUCUUCUAUGAGCAGGGUGGUAACUUUAUUGAUACUGCAAACAACUACCAAUUUGAGGAGUCUGAAGCCUGGAUUGGCGAAUGGAUGAAGAAGAGAGGCGUCCGAGACGAGAUAGCAAGCACUAACGCGUUGCCAGUCAUCGCAACCAAGUAUACCACUAACUUCCGAGCUGGGCCUAAGGCCCCUAACAUCAUGGCCAACUUUACCGGCAACGGAUCCAAGAGCUUGCACACCUCCGUUGAGGCCAGCCUCCGGAAACUGCAGACUGACUACAUCGACUUGCUCUAUGUGCACUGGUGGGACUACUCUACGUCGAUCCCCGAGCUGAUGCAGUCCCUUAACAACCUCGUCGUUACUGGAAAGGUUCUUUACCUGGGUAUCAGUGACACUCCCGCCUGGGUUGUCAGCAAGGCAAACGAGUAUGCGAGAAAUCAUGGACUCCGCCAGUUCUCCGUCUACCAGGGCCGAUGGUCUGCUGCAUCUCGCGAUUUUGAACGUGAGAUUAUCCCGAUGACCAAGGCUGAAGGCAUGGGUCUGGCUCCCUGGGGCGCGCUGGGCGGCGGCGCUUUCAAGACGGAAGAGCAACGCAAGUCUCAGGAGGGCCGCAAGAUUCAAGCCAGCGAGACACAGAUCAAGAUCAGCCAGGUCCUGGAGAAAAUCGCCAAGCGUAAAGACACGAUCAUCACUAGCGUCGCCCUGGCGUAUGUCUUGCAGAAGACACCUUACGUCUUCCCAAUUGUUGGCGGCCGUACUGUCGACCACCUGAAGCAGAACAUCGAGGCUCUAGCUCUAAACCUGAGCGAUGAAGACAUCCAAGAAAUCGAGGCAGCUGUGCCAUUCGAUAUGGGAUUCCCUCACAACUUCCUGUGGGGCGAAAAGAUCCCAUCAAACCCUGGUGAGGUUUGGCUGCUGAACAUGGGAGGGACCUACGAUUAUGUCCCCGAACCCAAAGCGAUUGCACCUAAAGAAAGUGAACAGUAG